AUGACGGAUUUUGUGGAAGAAUCAUUUACAGUUAUUUCACCACGUUAUCAACAUAAAUUGUCAUGUAUUUUCCAUCGAAAACAUUCUCCGUAUAUUGAUAAUCAAAAUAGAGAACAUCUGGUUAUUAUAUGUCAUGGUUAUAUGUCACAUAAAAAUGCACUUUUUCUUCCACAACUAUCUCGUGAUAUAUCAAAAUCGGCUGCAAAUCAAUUCCAUUCAGUUCGCUUUGAUUUCCAUGGUUGUGGUGAAUCAACUGGACGAGACCUAUGGGACUAUGGAGGAUAUGAAGACGAAGCUAAAGAUGAUCUUCGAUAUGUGGUUGAAUAUUUACGUAGUAGAAGUAAAAAGUAUUUUAUUCGAGCUCUUAUAGGACAUUCACGAGCUGGAACAACGGUUUUACUUUAUUCUCUAUAUUAUGAUGAUAUACCGAUUGUUGUUAAUAUAGCUGGACGUUAUCGACUGGAACGCGGUAUAAAGGAAAGAUUUUCUAAAAAACAAUUAGAUGAACUUGAAAAAAAAGGUUCAUUUAUAAUUUAUACCAAUGAUAAUGGAAAUUUUCGUAUAACAAAACAAGCAAUAGAACGUCGAAAAAAUCUUGAUUUAAGCCAAAUCGAAAAAAUUCGUCAAGCAAAAGUUUUAAAUAUUUGGGGUGAUCAUGAUGAUGUUAUGCCUGGUGAUGAAAUAUAUCUCUUUCAUGAACAAUUGAAAAAUACAAAAAAAUCUGAAAUGAUCAUAGUCUCAGAUGCUGAUCAUUGCUUUACAGGCAAAGAACAACAAUUAAUUAACAUAAUUCAACAAUGGAUUCAGCAAUCAAUCGAUUGA